AUGAUGACCCUAGCUUUUCGGAUCGCGAAAAUGACGAAGCGAGUCAGCAGCCGCAAGUUCCGGAAGUCUCGUGGGGCGAGACGGAAGGAAAAGGCCACGCGGUUCAGUUCGACGUGGCAAGAUCCGGAGGAAGGAGAGGACGAAUUUGGCGGCGUUUCGGGAUGCGGAACGGCGGUGGAAGUUUUAGAUCUUUCACGUCAGCCCGCGAAACUCGGGCAGGUGCAUACGGUGAAGCCGAUUGGUGCGAUUCCGGUGGUGCGGGAGGAGGGAUUGGCGUGGGUGGUGGUUGCGAUUGGUGGAGGGGAUCCCGUGGCGAAUCUGCUGAACAAUUUGGAUGAGCUGCCCGAGUUCAUGCCGGGCAGGCUGGAAGAGAUCUACGCGUGGCUGGCCGUGUGUGACGCUACAAGUGCAGCGGACAAGCCGUCAUUUCUGCCGCGCAUGCGGGUGGGGGAGCAGGGGGCGGGGAGGGCGCUGGGGGUGGUAGCGCAGGCGAACGCGGCGUGGCAGCUUUUCCUGCACGCGCACGUUCAGCCCGACCCCUGGCUCCCCGAGUUCGACGUUUUCGCUACAAACAUACUCCAGGCAUGCUGGCGAAAGUACACGGAUGAUCACAGCCGUACGAUUCUUCCGAUAUCGUAUGACGGCCGUCCGAUCGACACCAGCAGUACUGUAGCUGCAGCAGAGAGGGAGGCUAGGGCCAGCUCGGCAUUUAAGUCGCCCAAGCAUCGAACCACUUCCCCUGCUGCUGCUGCUUGUGCUGGUGCAAGCAGCAUUGCUGGUGCUGCUCGCACUGUCAGUGUUGGUGGGGGCGCGAACGGCAUUGGGAAUGGCACGGGGAACGGCACUGGGAAUGGAGCGGAGAAUGGUGUUGAUUGGCCGAGCAGAAGAGGAGGAUCAAGCGGAGAAUUCCCUCCUGUUGCAGUCACACCUGCUAGAGUCACAUCUGCUACAGUCACACCUGUUGCGGCUGCUGUGCCUCCUGUGGGUGGUGGUGGUGGUGUGACAAUGGCACGGCACAUGGAGGUUGGUUCUAGCGACCCUGCACAGGCACGCUAUUUCCCUCACCAGGGGCAGAGUUAUUUUUACGGGCAGGAUUAUGGGCAGAGCUCUGGGCAGAAUCACGGGCAGAAUAAAAGGGGGGACCACGGGCAGGGUCAGCAGAGCCACCACCGCAGCCGCAGCAGUGAAAGCGGCACAGGCAGCAGGAACGACGUCGGUAACGGCGGUGGUAACCGCAGUAACAUGUGUGUCACGAAUGACAGUGAAAGAGGGGAGCAUGUGUCUUCUACUAUCUGGCGCACAGCUACUGCUGCUGCCGCUGCUGCUGCCGCCGCCGCCGCUGCUGCUGCCGCUGCUGCUGGUUCUAGUGGUGGUGGUAGCAAGGAGGAGCAAAAGCACGAGUGGGUAGUUUCGGAGAGUCUUGAGGCUGCCCGGAGCAAGUGGGGUGGUCGAAGGUUGUCAUCGAAAGAAGCUGAUAUUGCUGCUGCUGCAGCAGCUUUUGGAGCCUCUACUGGAUUAUCUACUAAUGAGUCUGUUCGUAACGAGUCAGCUUGCAGAGAGGAAUGGCAAGCGCCAGGUGUCGUGCAGCGAUUGGAGCGGAAGGUGUCGGAGCAGCGGUGGGCUGAUUUUCUUUCUUUGGAAGUGCCAGCAACACGCGGCUAG